AUGGCCGCGAAGUCGGAUGGAGGCGCGGCCGCCGCCUCCUGCUGCCCCUCGCCCGCCGCGCUGGCGCGCCGGGAGGGCGGCGAGGGCGGCGGGGGCGGCGGCGGCAGCCUGGCCCGGGCGGGCCGUCGGGGCGCGCCCCUGCCGCCGCCCCUGCCGCCGCCCCUGCCGCCCCCUCCGCCGGGCUCGUGCAGCCCCCCGGCCCCGGCGCCCUCGUCGGCGCUGCCCGGUGGGCGCUACAGCCUGGGCGACGGGUGCUGGGCGCUGGGCGCGCUGCUGGUCUUCUUCUCGGACGGCGCGUCCGACCUGUGGCUGGCGGCCGACUACUACGCGCGGCGCCAGUACUGGUGGUUCGGCCUCACCCUCCUCUUCGUGCUGCUGCCCUCGCUCGUCGUCCAGCUGCUCAGCUUCAGGUGGUUCGUCUACGACUUCUCCGGACCCGCCCGGCCGCCCCCCGACGCCGCCUUCAGCACCAAGGACAGCGGCCUCGGCGCCAAGGACGGCGCCCGCCGCGCCAGCCCCGCCGCCCCGCCGCCGCCCCCCGCCGCCCCCGCCGCCGGACCCCGCGGCUGCUGCCGCCUCUGCGUCUGGAUCCUCCAGUCCUUCAUCCACCUCCUGCAGCUCGGGCAGGUCUGGAGGUACCUGAGAGCCCUGUACCUGGGGCUCCAGAGCCGCUGGCAGUUGGAGCACCGCCGGCGCCAUUUCUACUGGAGGAUGAUGUUCGAAAGUGCUGACAUCAGCAUGCUGCGGCUCCUGGAGACCUUCCUCAAGAGUGCCCCCCAGCUGGUGCUGCAGCUGAGCAUCAUGGUGCAGCAGAAGACCAUCCAGCCAUUGCAAGGCCUCUCCGCUUCAGCCUCGCUGGUCUCCCUGGCGUGGACUCUUGCCUCUUACCAGAAGGUGCUCCGGGAUUCCCGGGAAGACAAGCUGCCCAUGUCCUACAAGGGGGCAGUGGUGCAGAUCCUCUGGCACCUCUUCACGAUCGCCGCCCGAGCCAUCGCCUUUGCCCUCUUUGCCUCCGUCUUUCAGCUCUACUUCGGCAUCUUCAUCGUCACCCACUGGUGCAUCAUGACCUUCUGGAUCAUCCAAGGCGAGACGGACUUCUGCAUGUCCAAGUGGGAGGAGAUCAUCUACAACAUGGUGGUAGGCAUCAUCUACAUCUUCUGCUGGUUCAACGUCAAGGAAGGCCGCAGCCGGUGCCGCAUGUCCAUCUAUUACGUGAUCACCCUGUCGGAGAACGCCGCCCUCACAGGGCUCUGGUACUGGCAGCGGGACACGCGCGGGUUCCCCGAAUCCAACGCCUUAAUCAUUGUCUGUGUGGUCACCUCCAGCUUCGCCUUAGGGGUCUUCUUCAUGUUCAUCUACUACUGCCUCUUGCACCCCAACGGGAACGUUUUCAGCCCCCAGAACCCAAGCUGCGUUUGCAGCGAGGAGCGCACGGCUGUCCCCUGCCCUGCAGGAGGCCCCGUGGACGUGGUCACCAGCCCCCCACGCUCCUUACCGAGGACUACAGGGGCCGAGAGGGAGGGGGUGCCUGGCGACCGAGACAGCUGCGUGCCCGUCUUUCAGGUCAGGCCCAGCAUGCCCCCGACCCCUGUUACCCGCGCCCCGCGGACAGAGGGCCCCGUCAUCCGCAUCGACUUGCCUCGGAAGAAGUAUCCUGCCUGGGACGCCCAUUUCAUUGACAGGCGCCUCCGUAAGACCAUCCUGGCGCUGGAGUACACCUCUCCCGCGACGCCACGCCUGCAGUACCGCAGCAUAGGGGCCUCUCAGGAGCUGCUGGAGUACGAGACCACGGUGUGA